AUGGGAGAUGAGAGCACCAUCAUGCGUGCAAAGGAGUUCACGCCACCAUCGAUCCAAUGUCCAAUCCUCAACGCCACAAAUUACACGGUAUGGGCCAUGAAGAUGAAGAUACUGAUGAAAAUUUACAAGGUUUGGGAAACGAUCGAACCUGGUACGGAGGAUGUAGACAAAAACAAUAUCUCCAUUGGAUUAUUGUUUCAAGCAAUCCCAGAGUCUCUUGUUCUGCAAGUUGGCGAACAGGAAACUUCGAAGAAGAUAUGGGAUGCUAUCAAAGCACGUAACCUCGGAGCUGAUCGACUUGUGAAGAAGUUUUUCAAUAGUUUACCAAGAUCCAAGUACAUUCAAAUCAUAGCCUCUCUCGAACAAGUCCUAGAUUUAAAAAGGACAAGCUACGAAGACAUAAUUGGGAGACUAAAAGCAUACGAGGAGAUCCUUGAUGAAGGAAACAAUGGUGAGACUCAAGGAAAACUCCUGUAUACGAACUCUUAUCAACAAAAUUCUACGACAACAACAAGAGGAACAGGUCGUGGAAGAGGUGGUAGAGGAAGCAGAGGACGAGAAAGAGGAGGAAGAUGUGAUAAACCUGGACACUUCUCCUCUGUAUGUCCUGAAAGAAUUCAAAAGUUGCAAGAGGCAAACAAGAAUGAAACAGAGGAAGAAGAUACAACUCUUUUCAUGCACGAAGUGGUAUUCUUAAACGAAGAGAAGUUAAUACCAAAAAACUACGAAACAAAGGAUGGUGAAGAAGGAGUUUGGUAUCUUGAUAAUGGAGCCAGCAACCACAUGACUGGUAAGAGACACUAUUUCUCUGAACUCAACGAGAAAAUCAAAGGAAAAGUAAAAUUUGGAGAUGGUUCUUAUGUAGAGAUCGAAAGAAAAUGA